AUGGUUCUUCCUUGCAAGCCCCGCUCCGAGGAUCCACCACGCGAGGACGUCUCCAAGUUCGAAGCUGCAGUUGAGGCCUCUGAGCUGACUCUACAUGACAACACUCCGCACGAAGGAAUAAUAUCGCCGGCCGAGUCCGAGAAAAGGCUCCAUGGCGAUAACACAGCUCCACUCGUGCUGUCCGAGUUCGAGGUGAUUCGCCGCGUCCAAGCACUACCCCACGACAAUACUCCGAUUAUCCUGACGUUUGGACCCCACGAUCUAGACAAUCCUAGGAACUGGAGCAAGGCACGCAAGUGGUAUAUUACCUGCUUUGUCAGUAUGCUAAACGUUUUAACAUGCCUCUGCGCCGGUGGCUAUUCCUCAGGCUCGCAUCUCUAUAAAGAGGAGUUCCACGCCUCUUCCACCAUGGCCACAGCAGGUCUCUCAACCUACAUUCUCGGGUUCGCCUUUGGACCGCUGCUCCUUGCGCCACUCUCCGAACACUAUGGUCGCAAUCCCGCCUACAUCUGGUCCUGGCUUUUGCUCGUCAUCCUGCAAGUCCCGGCCGCGCUUGCCCCCAACAUGUCAGCGCUUGUUGGUAUCCGCUUCUUGCAAGGCUUCUUUGGUAGUGCACCACUAACCAACACCGGAGGGACGAUUGCAGACCUUUGGGAGAGAGACUAUUCGGGAGCGCCCAUGGCAAUCUAUGGGCUCAGCAGCACACUUGGGCCCCCUCUUGCAUUGCCACUCACAGGGUACCUUGCACAAGCUAAAGGAUGGCGAUGGCUGUUUUGGUUCUUCAUGGCAGUUCUCGGAGGGGCGUGGGUUAUUCUCGCUCUCACGCUCCCUGAAACGAGACACACCAUUAUCCUCAAACAAAAGACGCAACGCCUCAAGACGCAACUCACCGCUCUCGGCCACAAAUCCGCAACCUCCAUCCAAACGCCUCCAGACAAGGGGUUAGGGCACCUCUUCAAAGUAACCCUAACCCGGCCGAUCCGGUUCCUCUUCACCGAACCCAUCACCUUUAGCACCGCCCUCUACAACGGGCUAAUCUAUGGCUUAGUCUUCCUCUUCAAUGAAUCCUUCCCUCUAGUCUUCGGCCACCUGCAUCACUUCACCCAUGCCCAAACAUCCCUCACAUUCCUGGGUCUGUGCAUUGGGUCCAUUGUAGCAUCCAUCUUCCACCCAGUGCAAGAACACCACUACCUCCGGUACCGCACUCCUGAAUCCCGCGUUUGGCUGUCGCUACCUGCAUGUUUCCUACUCCCCAUCUCACUAUUCUGGUUCGCAGCCUGUAGCACAGCCUCAGUCCCUUGGAUCAUCCCGAUUAUCGCAUCCGCCUUCUUCGGCGCAGGGAUCUUUGUCGUGGUCCUCGGCGUCCUCAACUUCGUCCUUGAUGCCUAUGGCCCAUACACCGCAUCCUCGCUCGCGGGUGUGAUCCUAGUGCGGAAUAUUGUGGGCGCGAUUUUCCCGCUUUUCGCAGAGAGGAUGUAUGAGGGUAUGGGGUAUCGCUGGGCAGGGGUGUUGUUGGGGUUUUUGGCGCUUGUUUUUUGUGUUGUGCCUUUUUUGUUUUAUUUCUGGGGGGUUGAGAUUAGAAAGAGGAGUCCCUGGGCCAGUAGGAAUUCUGGGGUGGGGAGUCAUGAGGUUGGCGAGUGA